AUGCUCCUCGCACCGCUCCUCGGCCUGCUUCCCUGCCCUCCCACCCGGUGGGACGCGCUCGGCGAGCUGACGCCCGCGGCUCCACGCGACUUCCUCGCUGUCGUCACCGCGCCUCCUUCGCUGUCGCCGACUGCUGAGCGCGAGUGGCUCGAGCGGAACCGGGAGUGGCUCAUGGAUGAGCUCGGCGAGCACGGCGCGCUUCACUUCAAGGGCUUCCGCCUCCCUGCCACCUCGGCAGGCUUGCGCGACUUUUGUAGCGCGCUGCCUCUGGUUCCCUGCGCCGACCCUUUGGCGAGCGUCGGCGUCCGCUCCCUCCUCUCCGCGCCGGACGGAGUGUACGAGGCGGUCAACGCCGAGUCCCUCUCCAAGACCUUCAUAGGGCUGCACAACGACGUGACGUACAAGCUGGCGGCUCCCUUCGCCGCCUUUGCGUGCUUCCAGCCCGCGAAGCUCGGUGGAGGCGACUUUCUGCUCGCGGACGGGCGGGCGGUGCUGGCCACCCUGCCUGCCGGAGUGCUGGCCACCCUGCGAGAGAGGCUGCUCUCAGUGCGGGUGCCGCUCGAUCUGGCAGUCGCCUUCUCCGCCGACGAGCGGACGCUGCAGAUCCUCGAGCAGCCGAAGGCGCCUGCUGUCGACGAGGCGGUGGGGAGGCACGUGGUGCGGGUGCCGAUGGCGACGGGCGAGGUCGUGCUGCUGGACUCGUACCAGGCGCUGCAUGGACGGGACUGCUUCGAGGGCAGGCGCGAGCACGGAGUGGUGUGGCUCGACGAGGAGAGAGGAGAAAGAUUGACUUGCGCUGCUCUCUCAUCAAAAUCGUGCGUGAGACAGAUCGUUUGA